UUAAAAUAUAGUUAUUUAUUCACGAACGUUUUCAAUAUGAAUCAGUGUAAAUUCUGUUGUUGAGUUUUUAAUAUCGAUGAUGGUUAAAGCUAUAAAGAUGAUAUUGGCUUUAAUUGUACUGGUUUGUGUUAUAAGCCUUAGCGAUCAAGAUUGUCAUACACUAUACCAAUAUUCAGAUUGGUAUAGGGGUAUUGAAUGCGAAAACAUUACAAUUAAUCACAGACUAUUUUCGACUUCUUAUUAUAGCGAGUUCCGCCGACUUGAAGUAUUAGUAAUUACAGAAAGUAACUUCUCUGUUUUUUCAUACGAUCUGACGCAAAAGUUGCCUGCCUUGAAGAAAAUCACGGUAUCACAAAGCGGCGUAAAAAUAAUUGAUUAUUUACGUAAAAGAUCAACACCUCCAUAUUUAAUUAGUAUUAAUUUGAGCCACAAUGAAAUAUCAAAGUUAUCAAACAACAUUUUCAGUAGCGUGCCCACGUUAAAUGAUCUAAAUGUAUCUCAUAAUCGCAUCGAAAUAAUUGAACCAUUCUUCUUUAACUCUUCAAUUGAAACACUUGAUUUAAGUUAUAACAAAAUAAAAGUGUUUCCGAUUGCUGCAUUGGAUACAAAGUUGCUUACGAUCAAUUUAAGUUACAAUGAACUUACUGAAAUAUCAAAUAACCAAUUCGACACAUUUCAAAACUUAAUAAAUGUAUAUAUGUCUCAUAAUAACAUAGAAAUAAUUGAAAUAAGCACAACAAAUAGUAUCGAAACGUUAGAUUUGUCUCAUAAUAAUAUUAAAGAUAUUACUUCAAUUUUAAAAUAUUUCUUAAAGUUACAUAAACUUCAUUUAAAUAAUAACUUAAUCAGCGAAAUACCCAGACAAGGUUUUGACUCGUUACAAUUUUUGAAUGAAUUAGAUUUGGGUGGAAAUAAAUUGCACGAAAUGAAUUUUCAAAUUCUUUUGGGGAACAAUAAAUUCUUACAUCACCUAGAUUUGAAUAAUAACUCAUUAAACAUAACAAAUUUGAAUGUUUUAAAUACCAAUUCGAUUUCGACCUUAAUGUUAAGCAAAAAUAUUUUUAAUAUCACAACGAUCAAAGUAUUUAAAGAAUUGACUGACUUGGAUGUUUCAAUGACGAAUUCGAGCAUUAUUUCUAUCGAUACUUUUACCAAUAAUAUUCUAUUGAAGUACUUAAAUUUAUCGUAUAACAACAUCGAAGUUCUUCACACAGGAACGUUUGCAAAAUUAUUGCAUUUAAGUAGGUUGGAUUUAGCAGGAAACAAAUUACAAGCUUUGCCAUCCGGUUUGUUUCACCAAAAUCCAUUGUUUCACCUUUCUGUUGCAAAUAAUCGUUUAGUAACAUUUAAUAUGGAUAGUUUACAUCAUUAUAGAAGACCCGAUUUUAUUGAUUUGGAUGAUAAUUUAUGGUCGUGCAAUACAUUGACCAAAAUAAUUCAUCAUUUAGAAGAUAUAUCAGAAUUGAAAUCGGUUAGUAAAGGUAAUCAUUAUUCGGAACCUAACAUCAAAGGUAAUUUAUGCACCUUAAAUUCAACUGAAAGCGAAACUAACGUUACAAUCCAAGAAGUUUUGAUACAAAAUUUAGAUGUUAUGAGAGACAUUCACGAUUACUUGGAGGAUCAAGAAUUAAUUAAUAAAAUGAUGAUUAAAAUUCUUGCUUCACCCAAAAAUAAUUCAUUACGAAAUAACGUCGCUAUCGAAAAUCAAACUCUCCCUGUUUUAACAACAAACAUAGAUAAAAUUGGUAACGCUCCUUUUGUAAAUAAGAACGAAAAUUACGUUUUUGUAAAAUCGUCUAUUUUAACUUGGUUACUUUGUAUACAAACUCUUUUUAUGUUUUUAAUUACAAGUAUUAUAAUUUAUUAUUUAAAAUGCCGUCGUGCUUCUGUUAGAAGUAACGGUACGUUAUUACACGAUAUGGACGAAUCAUUAUAAAUAACUUUAUAACCAUAAAUAUGUAAAACUUAAUAAAGCCAACAAAAUUAAUAAAAAUAAAUAUAUUAU